CCAGUCCAUGGUGAGGGCCCCAGGAUUUGUCUUUUUGGUGAGCUCUACUGGGAGAGAGAGGCCUGUGAAACGGCUGCCGCUGUGAGGGUUCUGGGACUUGCCUCUGGUAACAACUACAUUCUCCUAACGCUUGAUCAGCAUGAAUUUCAACAGAUGUCUGUAUAAUAUUGGGGAACAGCUGGACAGUGAAGACCUGGCUGCCCUCAAGUUCCUGAGCCUGGACUACAUUCCACAUAGGAAGCAGGAACCCAUCAAGGAUGCCUUGGUCCUAUUCCAGAGGCUCCAAGAAAAGAGAAUGUUGGAGGAAAGCAACCUGUCCUUCUUGAAGGAGCUGCUUUUCCGAAUGAAUAGACUGGAUCUGCUGCUCACCUACCUGGACACCAGUGAGGAGGAGAUGGAGAGGGAGCUUCAGAUGCCGGGCAGGGCCCAGAUCUCUGCCUAUAGGGUCAUGCUUUUUCAGAUUUCAGAAGAUGUGAACAAACUGGAAUUGAAGGACUUCAAGUUUUUUUUGAGCCAGGAGAUCGCCAAAUGUAAGCUGGAUGAUGACAUGACCUUGCUUGAUAUUUUCAUAGAGAUGGAGAAGAGGGUCAUCCUAGGGGAAAGAAACUUGGACACCCUGAAAAGAAUCUGUGAGCAAAUCAACAAGAGCCUAUUGAAGAAAAUCAACGAUUAUGAAGAACUAAGCAGAGAGCAAAGAAUGAGCCUUGAAAGAGGUCCAGAUGAAUUUUCAAACGAUGUGUCACAAUUGCUCAUAAGGGAGGGCUCCCUUGAAAUGCUGGCCAUGUCGGACUCUCCAGGAGAAAAGGACAGUGAGUCACAGACAUCGAACACAGUUUACCGAAUGAAAAGCAAACCUCGGGGAUACUGUUUGAUCUUUAACAAUUAUGAUUUUAGCAUAGCAAGGAAGGAUGUGCCCAAACUUCGCAGCAUUAAGGAUAGGAAUGGAACAGACUUGGAUGCAGAGGCUUUGAGAAAGACCUUUAGUGAGCUUCAUUUCGAGAUAGUGCAUUACAAAGACUACACUGCGAAGAAAAUCUGUGAGGUUCUGAAAUCCUACCAAAGCAUGGACCACAAUAACAAGGACUGCUUCAUCUGCUGCAUCCUCUCCCAUGGAGACAAAGGCAUCAUCUAUGGCUCCGAUGGGCAGGAAGCCCCCAUCUAUGAGCUGACCUCUUACUUCACUGGUUCAAAGUGCCCUUCCCUUCUUGGCAAACCCAAGAUCUUUUUUAUUCAGGCUUGUCAAGGGGAUAACUAUCAGAGAGGUAUAGCUGUUGAAACUGACUCAGAACAGAAGGAAGGCUAUUUAGAAAUGGAUUCAUCCCUUCAGAAAAGAUAUAUCCCAGAUGAGGCUGACUUUCUGCUGGGGAUGGCCACCGUGAACAACUGUGUUUCCUACCGAAGCACCAUGGAGGGGACCUGGUAUAUCCAGUCACUUUGCCAGAGCCUGAGAGAAAGAUGUCCUAGGGGUGAAGAUAUUCUCACCAUCCUCACCAAGGUGAACUUUGAAGUAAGCAAUAAGGAUGACAAGAAAAAUAUGGGCAAACAGAUGCCACAACCUACUUUCACACUGAGAAAAAAACUCUUCUUUCCCCUUAAUUGAUGCUAUUGUUUAGUUGCAUAACUAAACAAUAGUUAAAAUGCUGCUAUUUU